UAUCUACUUCAUCCUAGGCGUUUUGCCUCGGGCUUGUCAUGCGCCCUGAUGGCAUCAACUCGCGGGGUCAGGCUGGCGGUGUUGGAGCUGGCGGUGUUGGAGCAGGUCCGACUGGUUCACGACCGUUCCAGGUGGAUGUCUUAGCCGACUGUUACAGGAAUGCAGCUUCCAACUUGCCAUUGUCUCCGGCAGGAUCUGCUACGUCCGGUGUUGCGUCAGCGGUGCAGGUUCAAUCGCAUGCCCGAGGUGCAGGUCAAUCUGGGCCCCUCUCUGAUUGCUCCACAGUACGGCAUGGACAGCUCAACACGACGGCCUGCGAGCCGUGGCCAGACUCUGAUCCAGAGAGCCCGGCUUGGCAAGAGACACAUCCGCGGAGCCUGCAGGAUGUUUUCGAGCUCCUGGACCAGAAGGAACGAGAGAUGAGCAUGAGUUUCUCCAAGAUGCGUGCACAGCUGUUGCAGUCAGUUUCAACACCAUUGAUUGGUCAUGCUGGCCCUGUGGCAGGAAAACAGGCUCUAACUGCCAGAUCUGAUGAGGUCACAGCUGGCUGGAGAGACUUUGGAACACCCUUCUACAGUGCUCUUGCUUUGCAACGCGAGCGUGAGAGAGAAAAUCACCAGCUCCGCGAAAAGAUCGCACUCCGACGCGUGGAGCUGCAGAGAUUGCAAGCAAAACUGGAGCACAUGCCUCACUUACCUGCUGGCCUCCAUGCUGGGACGUUGGGCUCAGCGGUGCUUACGAGCGAGUCAGAGACCUCACCGCUCUCAGGCGCCGUGGCUCUGAACCCUGCACCUGCUGCACGCCUCGCGCCACCGGACCCAGCCCUAACCUGGAAGCAUGGGCUCCAAGUGAGUCCCCAGCUGCCGCUGCCAAACACUCCACAUUUUCUGGCGGCUGCCAGCCCUCGGACGCCAAAGUCGCCCUUGCCGCUGGAUCUCGACGAGCGAGGCACUCCGCAGGGCACUCCGCAGGGCACUCCGCAGGACAUGCUGGACUUUGAGUUCAACAGCAUUCCGGCAAGCGCAGCAAGCUCCAAAGGUGAGACUCCAGGUGGCCAACUUCUCAACGAUGCUCUGAUGCAGUGGGCCAGCUCCUUGUCCAACAAGGAUUCUUCCCAGAAGCCUGCGGCGCAGCGCGGUGAACCUGCAACAGCCUCUGUUUCGCCCUCGCAGAUGCGCGCAGAAGGCAACCCUCAGAGCCUUUUGCCAUAGCUUCUGAAGGACUGAUGCCGACGCAAGAGGAUGCUUAGCUCACAGGCUGUUUGCAUGGCAGCUCGCGUUAUCAUUCGCAAUACUGCCUGUUCGUGCUGCAUCCUCCUCACACACUCAAGAUGCAGCAGUGCGCAGCGUUGAAUCGCACGAAGGUUGCAACGAGAGAAAGG